AUGUCACUGAACAAUUCUUCCAAUGUAUUUCUGGAUUCGGUGCCCAGUAGUACCAAUCGCUUUCAAGUUAAUGUCAUAAAAGAGAGCCAGGAGAGCAGUGCGGCUGCGGAUGACAACGCCGACCCCCCGCAUUAUGAAGAGACCUCUUUCGGGGAUGCAGCCCAGAACAGAUUCAGAAUCAGCUUUAGGCCUGGGAAUCAGGAGUGCUAUGACAAUUUCCUCCAAAAUGGAGACACUGCUAAAACAGAUGCCAGUUUUCAUGCCUAUGAUUCUCACACAAACACAUACUACCUACAAACCUUUGGCCACAACACCGUGGAUGCCGUUCCCAAGAUCGAGUACUAUCGCAAUACGGGCAGCGUCAGUGGGCCCAAGGUCAACCGACCCAGCCUGCUCGAGAUUCACGAACAACUUGCAAAGGAUGUGGCAGUGGCCCCGGGUUCAGCUGACAGGGUUGCUAAUGGUGAUGGGACGCCUGGAGAUGAACAAGCUGAAAACCAGGAAGAUGACGAUAAAGGCGGUGCUGUGAAGUUUGGAUGGGUGAAAGGUGUGCUGGUAAGAUGCAUGCUGAAUAUCUGGGGCGUCAUGCUCUUCAUUCGCCUCUCCUGGAUUGUUGGAGAAGCUGGAAUUGGUCUUGGAGUCAUCAUCAUUGGCCUGAGUGUGGUAGUGACAACACUCACAGGUAUUUCUAUGUCUGCUAUUUGCACAAAUGGAGUAGUAAGAGGAGGUGGGGCCUACUAUCUUAUUUCCAGAAGCUUAGGGCCCGAGUUCGGUGGGUCUAUAGGCUUGAUCUUUGCUUUUGCCAAUGCAGUAGCUGUUGCUAUGUAUGUGGUGGGAUUUGCUGAGACUGUGGUAGAUCUUCUUAAGGAGAGUGAUUCAAUGAUGGUGGACCCAACCAAUGACAUCCGGAUAAUAGGCUCCAUCACAGUGGUGAUUCUUUUAGGAAUUUCAGUAGCUGGAAUGGAAUGGGAAGCAAAGGCUCAAGUGAUUCUUCUGAUCAUUCUUCUCAUUGCUAUUGCAAACUUCUUCAUUGGAACAGUCAUUCCAUCCAACAAUGAGAAGAGGUCCAAAGGUUUCUUUAAUUACCAAGCAUCAAUAUUUGCAGAAAACUUUGGGCCAAGCUUCACGAAAGGUGAAGGCUUCUUCUCUGUCUUUGCCAUUUUCUUCCCAGCAGCUACUGGGAUUCUUGCAGGUGCCAAUAUCUCAGGAGAUUUGGAGGAUCCCCAAGAUGCCAUCCCCAGAGGAACCAUGUUGGCCAUUUUCAUCACCACUGUCGCCUACAUAGGAGUUGCUAUUUGUGUAGGGGCCUGUGUGGUCCGAGAUGCCACUGGGAACAUGAAUGACACCAUCAUUUCUGGGAUUAACUGCAAUGGUUCAGCAGCCUGUGGGCUGGGCUACGACUUCUCAAGAUGUCGAGGUGAACCGUGCCAGUAUGGGCUGAUGAACAAUUUCCAGGUCAUGAGCAUGGUGUCAGGGUUUGGUCCCCUCAUCACUGCUGGCAUCUUUUCUGCAACGCUCUCCUCAGCCCUGGCCUCCCUCGUCAGCGCACCCAAAGUGUUCCAGGCGCUGUGCAAGGACAACAUCUACAAAGCCCUGCAGUUCUUUGCAAAGGGAUACGGGAAAAACAACGAACCCCUGAGGGGGUACAUCCUCACCUUUGUCAUAGCCAUGGCGUUCAUUCUCAUUGCGGAACUGAACACCAUCGCUCCCAUCAUCUCCAACUUUUUCCUGGCCUCAUAUGCACUCAUUAAUUUCUCUUGCUUCCAUGCCUCUUAUGCCAAAUCUCCAGGAUGGAGACCUGCAUAUGGAAUUUACAAUAUGUGGGUGUCUCUUUUUGGAGCUGUUUUGUGCUGUGCAGUCAUGUUUGUCAUCAACUGGUGGGCAGCUGUCAUCACCUACGUCAUUGAGUUCUUCCUCUAUAUCUAUGUGACUUAUAAGAAGCCAGAUGUGAACUGGGGCUCCUCCACACAGGCUCUUUCCUAUGUGAGCGCUUUAGACAAUGCUCUGGAAUUAACUACAGUGGAAGACCACGUGAAAAAUUUCAGGCCUCAGUGCAUUGUUUUAACAGGGGGACCCACGACAAGACCUGCUCUCCUGGACAUAACUCAUGCCUUUACCAAGAACAGUGGCCUUUGCAUCUGUUGUGAAGUCUUUGUGGGACCACGCAAGCUGUGUGUUAAAGAGAUGAACAGUGGCAUGGCAAAAAAGCAGGCCUGGCUUAUCAAGAACAAAAUCAAGGCUUUUUAUGCUGCAGUGGCAGCAGAUUGUUUCAGGGAUGGUGUCCGAAGUCUCCUUCAGGCCUCGGGCUUAGGAAGAAUGAAACCAAACACUCUGGUGAUUGGAUAUAAAAAAAACUGGAGGAAAGCUCCCUUGACAGAGAUUGAAAACUACGUGGGAAUCAUACAUGAUGCGUUUGAUUUUGAGAUUGGUGUGGUCAUAGUCAGAAUCAGCCAAGGGUUUGACAUCUCUCAAGUGCUUCAGGUGCAAGAUGAGUUAGAGAAAUUGGAACAGGAGAGGCUGGCUUUGGAAGCCACUAUCAAAGACAACGAAUGUGAAGAAGGAAGUCGCGGCAUCCGAGGCUUGUUUAAAAAAGCUGGCAAGUUGACCAUUACUAAGCCAACUCCUAAAAAAGACAGCAGCAUUAACACAAUCCGGUCAAUGCACGUCGGGGAAUUCAACCAGAAGCUGGUGGAAGCCAGCAACCAAUUCAAAAAGAAGCAAGGAAAAGGCACAAUUGAUGUUUGGUGGUUGUUUGAUGAUGGAGGGUUAACACUCCUGAUCCCCUAUAUCUUGACUCUCAGAAAAAAAUGGAAGGACUGCAAAUUAAGAAUCUAUGUAGGAGGGAAGAUCAAUCGCAUUGAGGAAGAAAAAAUUGCAAUGGCUUCCCUUCUGAGCAAAUUCAGGAUAAAGUUUGCAGACAUCCAUAUCAUUGGUGACAUCAACGUGAAGCCAAACAAAGAAAGCUGGAAAGUCUUUGAAGAGAUGAUUGAACCAUAUCGUCUCCAUGAAAGCUGCAAAGAUUUAACAACUGCUGAGAAAUUAAAGAGAGAAACUCCAUGGAAAAUUACAGAUGCAGAACUGGAAGCAGUCAAGGAAAAGAGUUAUCGCCAAGUUCGACUGAACGAACUCCUACAGGAGCACUCAAGAGCUGCUAAUCUCAUUGUCCUGAGCCUUCCAGUGGCAAGAAAAGGAUCUAUAUCAGAUUGGCUGUACAUGGCUUGGUUGGAAAUCCUCACAAAGAAUCUCCCUCCUGUCUUACUAGUUAGAGGAAAUCACAAAAAUGUCCUGACAUUUUACUCUUAGAACAUGAAAGAUUGGAACAUAUUUUAACUUAACAUAUGAAUAAUUAAGAAAUAUGUUCCAGUACUGUUAAAAAACAAAAUAUUCAAUGGAGUAAAUUUGAAGAUCUAAUUGGCUUUAUUCAACAAUUUACGAAUCAGGCAGCAUCCGAUCUAGCAAAUAGAAGUGCCCUCCGAGGAGUUGUACAAAAUGGAAGGUUUUUAUAGGAAGGAGGGUGGGGCAAGGAAGUUAUUAGCAAAAGAAAAGAAAGGUUAGUUUCAGGCCAGGUCGUCGUAUUGUGGAGGGAAGGAAAUAGCAGGGGUUUUAUCAUGCGUAUUAUCUCACAAGUGCUAAUCGGGAAAUUUCAGAUUGACUGUUUUCAAGGUCACAUUUCUGGGAGGGCUUGAAACUGCAAUUUAGUCUCGGUUUGCUGUCCUGGGGGCAAAUGACUCCAUUUUAGGCCUGCUGCCUCUUUUCUAACAGUACUUUAUGUUGUAAAUCUGAUCUUUGGAUAUGCAAACCUCUGGAGACUAUCCUACAGGAUUCCACAGAAACUUUGUCAUUUUUUUUUUUUGUUAGUUAAUGGGAGCUAAUUUUUUUCUGUCAGCUUAAGGGAGUGUCAAAGCCAAUGCUACCCCUAAAAAACAUUUUUGUCAUUACUGUUGAUAAGAAAAUUAAGCAAACCCAUGCCAGCUUAUGCUCAUGAAAACUACCAACUAGACUGUAAGCUUCUCCAGGCAAACCUAAUCUUUUGUUUGCUCCCAGGCCCUGGUAUAGGUCUCAGCCCCACAGCAGUUCUCAUUAAUGCUUAUUGACAGGCUAGUAUAGUAACCAUGGGCGGUUAUCAAAGGAAAAGACCAACUGGGCUGGAAACGUGAUUAUGCUUGGCCUUCUGAGAGGCUUAUACUAAAAAGAAGAUUUGAAAAUCAAUUAGCUGAAAACUUUAAGAAGUACUUGAGUCUACAAAAUGUUUAAAGCAGUUACCUAAAUAAGAUAAUUUAAUGUAACACAGAUUAUAUACUUAGAGCAAUCUGAGCGAUCAUUGAUAACACACGGCUUUAAUUUGCUGCUGACUGACAAGUAUAUUAGCUGGAUUAGAGGGCAACAUAUAUUCCAAUUAAAUGAAAUUAUUUCAUUCUUAAUAUAUAAACUUUAAUUGUUCUCCCUACUAAAUAUUCUGAAAUUUCCAUCGUAGUAUUACUUUACAUAUUUUUUCUAAUUAAGUGGUUAGCACAGAUGAAAUCUUCGUAGGCAUCUAAUUGAAAACUGAGUACCACAAAUUCUCAAACCAUUAUAAAUAUAUCCUGAAUCAUAUACUUAGUGACUUUAUAUAGUGAUUGUAUGGAUUUAAAAGAAUAAUUGAGGGCCGGCCCGGUGGCUUAGCGGUUAGGUGCGUGCGCUACGCUGCUAGCGGUCUGGGUUCGGAUCCCAGGCGCGCACCGACGCACCGCUUCUCUGGCCACGCUGAGGCCGCAUCCCACAUACAGCCAACUAGAAGGAUGUGCAGCUAUGACAUACAACUAUCUACUGGGGAUUUGGGGCAAAAAAAUAGAUAAAUAAAAUUUUAAAAAAUAAAGAAUAAUUGAAAUGUAAAGUGGAGAAACUUGCAAAAUUUGGAAUAUACAAGUAUUGAUUUUUUUCAUUUUUGUUAGUAUUCCUAUAACACUUAAUCACAUUGAAAAACCAACAAAAUUUUUUUCUGAUGGAUGGCUUGAUUUUUUUUUCCUGACAUGUUUUGACUGUUUAUUCUAACUGAUAAAAUAUAAGAGAAACAAUGAACCUGAAAUAAAAGCACUCUUUUAAACUCG